AUGGCGACCGAGUUGACAGUCCAGGCCGAGCGCGCCUACCAGAAGCAGCCUCACAUCUUCCUCAACCACAAAUCCAAGGCGGCGAAGAGCAGGAGAGUCGGCAAGGGCGGGCGAAGAUGGUACAAGGACGUCGGGUUGGGCUUCAGGACGCCAAAGACUGCGAUUGAGGGAUCGUACAUUGACAAGAAAUGCCCCUUCACCGGCAUGGUUUCGAUUCGAGGCCGUAUCCUCACCGGCACCGUCGUUUCCACCAAGAUGCACCGAACCUUGAUCCUCCGUCGGGAAUACCUCCACUUUGUCCCCAAAUACGCCCGGUACGAGAAGAGGCACAAGAACCUGGCCGCACACGUUUCCCCGGCUUUCCGUGUGGAAGAAGGUGACCAGGUCACCGUGGGCCAGUGCAGACCUUUGAGCAAGACUAGGUUCCUUGACGCAAGCAUGAGCACAAGACUAACCGUGCGGGAAUAUCUCCAGGUCCGAUUCAACGUUCUCCGUGUGUUGCCCCGAACAGGAAAGGCGGUCAAGGCGUUCCAGAAAUUCUAA